AUGGCGACCAGAUCCGAUGCGCCCAAGAAAGUUCGACUGGCAUGCCGACGAUGCCGGACCCGACGCAUCAAGUGCGACGGUGAAGUUCCUGCAUGCUCAAACUGUGCCAAGAGCGGCUCUCCAUGCCUUGAUGUAGAUAGCCAGAACUCGGACGUGCUCAUCCCUCGCAACUUCGCCAACGCGGCACGAGCGAGGAUCUCAUGGCUGGAAGACAUCAUCAGGACGCGAUUACCUGACGUGGAUCUGGAGUCUGGACCUCAAGUCGAAACAAGUAGAGAUCAAGACAACGCGGCAGGCUCUGCUACGCCACAGCCAAUUUCACGGGGAGACGAAGCUGACCGCAAUGGCCACGCGCGCCAGCUGUCGCUCAAGAGGCCAUUGCCCCUUGAGACUGACGCGGAAGACGCAGAGGCUUUCUCGGAACAGGCGCACACAGUUUCGAUGAAUCUUGGAAUGUUGUCAUUGAACUCGGACUCUCUUCAAAAACACUACAUAGGUUCGAGCUCGGGCUUACUCUUCACGCACCUCAUCGGCGCGUCUCCUUCAAGCAAUGACUCGCCUUCGGCCGUGUCGGAAGGACAACCUACCAGAACCCAUUGGUCUCCUUCGGAAGCACAUUCCACUUCACUAAACGAGCACUAUAAAAGCCUGCACUUGUUCCUCAGACAGGAACUACCAAAAAAAGCCGACGCUGAAUUGUUACUUCAGACCUAUAUCCGCUGGGUCCAUCCCGACUUUCCUGUUUUGGACCCGCCGUCACUGUGUUCUGCCCUUGAAAUUCUCUAUGCCAGCACCCUGAGUGAUCUGGAGCAUGACCAACUACAAUCUGGUUGGCCAAGCACGAUCAAUAACCUCUACUGGAACGGGCGGCUAUAUUCUAUCGACAACGCCGAGGUACCCAUCAUACCCUUGCCCGUCAUUGCAUUUAUUUUUUUCAUGGUCUUUAGCAUUGGAGCUAUCGUCAAGGUUCGCUCGCGUGUAUACGAAUAUUCUCCCGAAAGAUUUCAUCAAGCGGCUCUGCAUUUCUCAAAAGAUUGCUUUAUGAGGACCACACCAGACACUAUUCAGGCACUGGUUACCAUUGUAAUUCAUGGUGUACUCACUCCAAGCGCCAUAAAUGCCUGGACACUAACACACCUUGGUGUGGCUCAUUGUAUAGAGCUUGGGCUGCACCGUGAGCAUCCGUCUACAGAAACGCAAGAUGUGGCGUACCAACAAGUCAUGCGUUUCAUAUUCUAUACCUUGUACUCCUUGGAUAGAUCUAUCUCCUCUAUCCAAGGACGGCCACUUGGCUUUCGUGACGAGACCUUUGAUAUAAAAAUACCAUCUGUAACGCUGACCCCAAUGCAUGGACUGAACUUGAUCCCGGACACUUUUGUCAAGGCUGUUACCUGUUAUGCAGCCGCUCAGUUUGAACUGGAUCAAAUUGUCUCCGAUAUCAAAUUGCAUCUUUAUCACCUGCCAAAUAAGCACAUUGGGUUUCCUUGGGCAAGGGAUCCUGUUGCACAACAACAAAAGCUUCACCAAAGACUGCUUGAGUGGUGGACCAGAAGCUCGCAUCUCCAUCUUGAUGCAAAUACCCUGGACAAGAGACAGCAAGAGAUAUGGUACUUGAAACUCAAGAUACGAUUCCAAACGACAAUGAUCCUUUUGUUUCAACCUUCACAGAUGAUUAGGAAGCCGUCCGACACAUCCCUGCAGAUCUGUUUUGACAAUGCUUGUCAGACUCUACAUGACUAUCAGACUUUGCACGAUCAUCACGGCCUCUAUCAUGGUUGGAGAACAGUGCAGAACAUAUUCGCCGCAGGAGCGACAAUGAUUUAUUCAUUUUGGACAUCCAUAGAUGUAAGACGUCGUGCAUCAGUUGUCGAAGUUUCGAGAACUCUGCGAAGUUGUUCAACCCUUCUCAGCAUAGGAGGCGAGUGGUGGCCCUCUGCGAAGAGAGGUUACAAUAGCUUUGGGGCCAUUUCCGACCUCACGAUUCAGAAGCUCUAUACCGAAGGUGUCUCGUCAAAACAGAUGCGUGUAUCCGCUCCCCAAAACGGCACCCACACAGUCUUCGAUAUCAAUCAUGAGCUCCAAGCUGCGGAUAGCCUCACAAGAUUGCAAAGCAGCAUGGCUCCUGGGUCGUUCGAACCAAACCUCGUUACCGAACAGGGUAUUGAAUCAUCACAACGGCAGCAGGAAGAAGAUUGGCCAAACAUGCUUUCGGAUCUGACCACUCGUUCUGCUCCAUCUUUUGAUUAUGCACCAGAGAUUGAAGAAUUUCUGGCCGGAUUCGACAGGUCAGAUCUUGCGUGGAACUUGCCGUUGAAUGAGAUUGGAGAUUCAUCAAAUCCGCCAGAUAUUUUCUUUCCGCAAAUUUGA